CCGGCCAAGUGAACCGUGCUUGAGCCUGAUUCAGCGCACUCACACUUCUCAAACGAUCCGGGAAAUGGGCCUGGGCACGGAACGGAUGGCAUAGUGUGAGUAGGCCCUUAGAUGCAGCAGUCUCAGCAGGGAACCCCAAACCUUUCUCUCUCUACAAACACUUCUCCAGCUCUCCUGAAAAGAUUUCAAUGUGUUCACAGGCAAGCAGAGGGAGAUAGUCCCUCCAGCAUUAUCCUGGAUUUUCCUUGUGUCGUCUCCCUGGUGGGACAAGUUCAGAACCGCUCCCUAGGUAGGCAUCCAGUAAUCAUUCAAAACAGAUGCCCAGUCCUCUUGAGCUAGCUCUUCUUGAUGUAAAAGAGCAAUGGCUCUACUCUGAGCUCCUCCAAAUGACAGAACCCCUCACACUUUCCUUAAGAGUUCUCCUGCUACCCUGCAAAAGACGCUCAUUUCAGCCACUUUUCCUUUCAGUCAUGCCCAUAAGGCAUUGGUCACCAAACUUGUUCCUGAAGGUCCGGUGUGUCCUGGAGAUUUUCGCUCCAACCAUAAUCAAACCCACCUGAACAAGCUAAUCAAGGUCUUACUAGGUAUACUUGAAACAUCCAGGCAGGUGUGUUGAGGAAAGUUGGAGCUGAACUCUGCAGGGACUCCAGGAUUUGUGACCCCUGCCAUAAGGCCUUCGGUCUUGUUUCUAAGGUCUUGUUCUUUAGGAUGAUGGGAGUUUGCCAUGUGCUUCGUGAACAUGAAGAAGGCCAGUUUGACCAUGUCCCUUGUUGCAUUUUGUAAAAAUCUGCUGAGAAAGUAUGGGGUACGAGACGCUUCUCUCAUUCCCCAGGUAUUCCCACUCUCACAACAUUGACCUUGGGGUCAUGACCAAAAGGACUUCAGAAUUGUUAUCAGGAUCUUGUUCUUUUGGUUAUGACCAUCAUGGGUUUUUAUAGUGUUUUUUUAUGUUGUUGCUGGUGUCGAUGUGACGUAAUUUAGUUCAGCAUUACCUCUACCGUGAUGUUUUGAACGACAAAAUAAAGGAAACCUGUUGAGAAGUUUUGUUCCUAAACAGCAAACUCAGUGUCACACCUCUGCUCCGAUGGUACACUCCAAUCUCCUCAUUCAAUCUCUGGCCAAUCAGGACUGCCUCAAGGGCUUUAUUAACUGCACCUGUGCCCACAGUUUGCUAAUCUCUGGCAGCACAUGGCUGAACUGUGCAGAGGACUGAAUUUGAUCUCCUUUGUUUUCCUGUGUGUGCGCGUAUUUGACCAUGUAAGUGGCUUUUGCAUGAUUUAAGUUGACUUAAGUGCUCAUGUUUCAUGUUUGCCAUAUUUCUGUUUAGUUAUGUACUUUGUUUUUUGGUAAACUGAAGCAUUUGUAUUUCUGUUAUUUCCUUACUGAUUACUGACACAUUGUAUAUCUGUUAUUUCCUUGCAGAAAAUCACACACACACACACACACACAAACACACACAUACAUACCUUUCAUCCUAAGUACAAAUGUAAAAGCCAGAAACUACAGAACGAUAACCAGAAACCAGCAACAAUCUAGAAUACAUGAUUAUAUGCUGUCAUGGACUUUAUAAUUAAAAAAAUGUCAUUAUAAUGAAAGUCAAUGGGGCAAAAACUGCCCCCAACAUAAUGAAAGGGUGGUAAAUUAGAGUGUGUUGUUGAAUUUUUGAAACAUUUCAAAGCUUUUUUCCCAAAAUAUUUGUCAAAAUAAGAUUCAUCAUUAAAAAUCAUUCCAUUUGCUGAAACAGAGAAAGUUGUGCCCAAAUUAAGACUCAAAAUCAGCCCAGAGUGGAUGAAAACACCCCAACAGCGCACAGGGGUUUAGAGCUGUUAAUGAGAAUCAACACAAACAGCUUUUAAAUCUCAGAAGAGUCUGUUCUAUUCCAGAAUCACAUUGAAUAAAUGUAAUAUAAUUUGUUGUAGUUUUUAUUUGUUUAUUAUAAGCUAUCUGAUUUUUAUAAAAAAGUUUUCAUAUAUAUUCACAGAUGAUGCGUGAUUUGUAAACUGUCAUUGUGUUGUAAUCUUAUUUGUAAUUUAAAAACAAUCAAAUCCGCCGCUGUUCCCGCCUCUCCGUGAUGACGUCAGCGCUGACGCGUUCAUUCAGCGUCGAGUCUUCAGAGCUGAGCAGGCAGAGAGCAGCUCUGAGAGGACAAUAUGAGCUGAGUAACUUGUUUGUUGUUGUGUUUGAAUUCAGUUGUACAGCGAAAUAUGAUCUGUGUAGGGAAAUACUGCAGCGUACAUCUUUAGUUUGAUGCAGAGAAAUAGCUUGAGGUGCUCUUUGUCUUAUUUAUAAAAUGGUAAUUAGUUCAUCCUGCAAACACUCUGUAUAAAAUGAGCUGAUCCGCUGCUGCUGAUUUAUGAGUGUUUAUAGUCUGAGGUUCAUCAAUAUUAUCAGAGCUGCUGAAAUCCUCUUUAUUUUUAGUCAAUAGCUUCUUUUAUUCCCUUAUUCAUUAUACUGAUGCCUUCUGAUUAACAGAUUAUCACAUUGAGUUAAUGUUAUUGGUGUCAGCUAACUUGAACAAAUUAUAUAAUCAUAUUGUUUCUCCUAUAAGAUUCAACAUUAUAAUGUUUUAUUUCAUCAAUCAGUGUAAACAAAUUAGAUUUCUUGUUGUUUCUUCUCCUAAAGCGCCAUCAGUGAAAGACAAAGACAGAGUUUAUUGAAGGACAGUGAGAAGAUGAGUGAUCCAGAACCCUGCAGAAUUAAACAGGAAGAGACUGAAGAACUAAUAGAUGUGAUGGUGAAGGAGGAGAGUGAAGAACUGAGUGAAGAUGAGGAGAAACAUCAUGUCAAGAGGGAAGAAGAAACUCACACAGAGGACGAACACAAUUUUAUAACAAAAAGGAAAGAUUUCACUUGUACACAGUGUGGAAAGAGUUUCAGCCGCAAAUGUGAUCUCAAGUCUCACAUGUUGAUCCACACCGGAGAGAACCCUUACAAGUGUUCACACUGCGACAAGAGUUUCUAUUGUUCAGCCCACCUGAAAUCGCAUGAGAAGACCCACACUGGACGGAAACGGCACAAAUGUGAUCAAUGCAGCAAAUUAUUUUCAAGGCCUUCAGAGUUAAAGAUCCAUCUUAAAAUUCAUACAAAGGAGAAGCCUUAUUCAUGCUCUGAGUGUGGAAAGAGUUUUAUAGAUCAGUCACAUGUAAAAAAACAUCAGAAGAUCCACACUGGUGUGAGAGAGCAUGUGUGCUUUAAGUGUGGGAAGAGUUUUAUUAAAACUGGAGACUUGAAACGACACCAGAUAGUCCACACUAAAGAGAAACCGUUCACAUGUACUUUGUGUGGGAUGAGUUUUAAACGAUCCUCAAACCUUGAAAGGCACUUGCUGCGCCACACUGGAGACAAAACACACAAGUGUGAUCAGUGCGGUAAAACCUUUUUUAGAGCUUCUCAUCUGACGGACCAUCUUGAAGUUCAUACACAGGAAAAGCCUUAUUCAUGUCCUGUGUGUGGAAUGAGUUUUAGGCGUUUACGAAAUUCAAAUGAACAUCUGAAGAUCCACACUGGUGUGAGGGAGUUUGUGUGCUUACAGUGUGAGAAGAGUUUCAUUAGAGCUACUGACCUGAAACAACACCAGCGGAUUCACACUGGAGAGAAACCGUACACAUGUACUGAGUGUGGGAAGAGUUUUAGAGUUUCAUCAUCUCUUACUUCACACAUGCUGCGCCACACUGGAGAAAGACCACAUAAAUGUGAUCAAUGCGGUAAGGCAUUUUUGAGGCCGUACGAGCUGAGGAAACAUUUUCUGGCUCAUGCAAGGCGGAGCCUUAUUCAUGUUCCCUGUUAACAUCAAUGAUAUUUACCUUCCUGGAAACUCUCCACUGUAUUCACGAACAUCAGAUUUCACAGCUAAAAAGUAUUUUAGGUUGCUUUCACACCUACACUUUUGUUUCGGAACGCGUCUCGAUUGCCCAGUUAGCGCGGUUCGUUUGGCAUAUGUGAACAGGGUAAUCGCGCUCUGUUUCGCUCCAAAGUAAUCGCUCCGAGAUCGCUUGAAUGAGGUGGUCUCGGCUGGAUUGAAACGAACUCUGGAGCGGUUCGAUUGCAGUGAGAAAGCGAUACGAUCCGAGCGCGGUUAUAUC